AUGCACCUCGACCCAAGCUUGGGCGAGCUUCGUGCUAACCUUUUCCAGGGCCGCCCUGGCACGCAAAUCAGCCAGAUCAACAGGCCCAGCCCAGUCGCCCAUAAAGGACCCCGCAUUCGGCCGGCCAGUUCAAGAUACGGCCCAGGGCACUGCAAAACGGCUACACCAGACCUGGCCGACCUGUUGAAUUCCGACGACGAAGAUGGCCCAGAUGAGGCCGAAUUAGUCGACCACUUCGAAGAGGUAGAGGAGCGCUAUCGCUGGAACCAGGGCGUAGCCCAGAAGAAGGCUCUGGCCAAUACAGCCCAGCCAACGCAGCCAGACCUUUCCAACCAGGCCACAGUUGAUAACUGCGAAUGGCCAGAUAGUCAGAGUACCAGUUCCGACAACAACAACGCUUUCAACCCACCACCUACCCCCUCACCUUCCUACAUUAACUACAACAAACUUUCCUUUACCAACAACCCCAACUCGCUAGGCAUAUCGAAAUCCUCAGCCACAAGUUACAAAGAAAGGAUCAUUAUCAAGACACUUCGGUACCAUACAGCAAUAACUUACAGCGACAUCGCCAAAGCCAUGAACCUCACCUACCGGCAGGUACAGUACACUGCAUACGGCCCUACUCGCCCCCGCUAUUCGGAAGCAUAUAGCCGGGUCCCAGUCGUACCCAAGGAGGUCAAGCAGAUAAUCAACAACCUUAUCAACACACCGCACCACAGCUGGGUACCGGCCGGCGAUACAUGA